UAUCUUCUUCGGUAUAAACUGGAUGCAUUCAGAUUCUUUGAAUUUUUUUUUUCUUUUUAAUGUUUGUUAAUUGUUUCUUUUUGUAUCUUCUGGUUUAAUUGAUCAUGAACUCUUCUAUUGUCUUCGAUCGUAAAAUAUUUUGUGUUAAUUGAAUGCCGAAUAAUGUGUGUCGCAAUGCGCCAUUUUGAUUUUAAAGAGGGAUCUGAGGAGCUUUGAUGUUUUUGUUCGGGUUUCUUUUUUGUUUCUGUUUUUGAGGCGGAAGGGAGGAGGGGGGUCGAUACGGUGAAUUUUUGGGCAAAAGUUAAGUUCGUUUGGUCGUUGGAAAAAUGAAGGGUGAAAAGAUGAGGAAUUGCUUGGUAAUUGAGUUUUGGCAAUCUAGAGAUGUCGAGUGGGUUUGGGGAAUCAGCAAGCAGACAUCCCCCAGGCCCUUCUUGCUCUAGCGGCAAUAGCAGCAAUGAUGCGGGUGAUUUUGAAUGCAAUAUUUGCUUCGACUUAACUCAAGACCCCAUUGUAACUUUAUGUGGUCAUUUGUUCUGCUGGCCCUGUCUCUACAAGUGGCUUCAUAUUCAUUCGCAUUCACGGGAAUGUCCGGUUUGCAAGGCUGUGGUUGAAGAGGAGAAGUUGGUCCCAUUAUAUGGCAGGGGAAAAAGGUCUACUGACCCCAGGUCUAAAUCCAUUCCUGGCUUAAACAUUCCAAACCGCCCAGCUGGGCAGAGACCUGAAACAGCACCUCCACCAGAGCCAAACCAUUUUCCUCAAAAUGGUUUUGGGUUCAUGGGAGGUUUGGGAGGGUUUGCACCAGCAACAACUGCAAGAUUUGGGAAUUUUACAUUAUCAGCAGCCUUUGGUGGUCUUAUCCCAUCAUUAUUCAACCUACAGGUGCAUGGAUUUCCAGAGGCUGCAAUGUAUGGUCCAGCUGCUGGUUUUCCUUAUGGCUUUUCUAAUUCAUUUCAUGGUGGCCACGUGCAUGGUUAUCCUAGGCAUACUGGUCAAGGACAGCAAGAUUAUUAUCUGAAGAAGCUUCUUCUUUUUAUCGGGUUUUGCGUUCUAUUUGCUCUUCUUUGGCAUUAGAAAAAAGCUGCCAACUGCUAACAGAUGCUUAGUCAUUUCAUGUGGUUGUAAAUCUUGUAGCACAUUCUGUGCUUUACUUUUAUGGCAAUUGAAGAAUUGUUCACAUAUCAUACUUCCAGUGUUUUGUAUCUUCUUCAACAGUUGUUAUUAGCUUUUGGAUAUAUGCUUGUUAGGCAUUUGCAUUGUGAGAUUUUGCUCCUUUCUCCAUUUGUCAUUGGAGUUUAUCUUAUAAUGGUAAAGAUUUUUUUGGCA